AUGGCUGGGACUUCUUGGCAGCCCAGCGGGACGCCCCAGCAGCUUGUCGCGGCUCUUGCCUGCCUGCUCCUGAGUUGCCCUGCGCUGCAGGGACACGUGUCCUCGCCUGGGACCGAAUCCCACCCAGCUCUCUACCUGCUCGCUCCGAUGACCAACCCCGGGCUCCGGGAGCCUCUGGGCCGCUCACUUUGGCUCGACCCGCUCCGGGACCUGGUGAUCCGAGUGCAGCGGGACCGGUGCGAAGUGACGGUGCUCGGUGCUGUGCCUCUGCUCCAGGGCGCGCUCUCCCCGCGCCGCUUCCCCUGCGCCUUCGGGCCCCACCAGGUCCAGUACACUCACUUCGGCUCCCGCAGCCCCGGACGCGCCCGGGUGCGGCUGCAGCUGCCCUACGAAGCCCCGACUUACACUCUGGCGCUGCCCUUCACGCUGGCGGUAGACGCGGUCUUCUCCCAGCUGCGGCUGGUGACGCUCAGGCCUCCGGCCGUAGAGAAGCUGCUGGAGCCACGCCGUGGACAGCGGAGUGCUGCACUUGGCCUCUCCCGCGCGUGCCGGCUAACCCCUCUCCUUCACGAGGGCGGCCCACUGCCCAAGUACGGGCACUUGGUGGACCCCGUGGGGGGCCCUCUGCCCAGGGACAAGAGCUUAGACCGUGAGGCUUUUGUCCGAGCCGUGCGCUAUCAGCACACCGCCGCCACCUCCUCGCCCAGCCACGACUACGUGCCUGCGCUGGCGGAGCUGCUGGGGCCAGAGGACGGAGGCGCUGGGUCGGUGGAGGUGCGGGUCCCUGAGCACUUGCAGCUGCUGGUGAGGAUCCGCGAGGGAGCCGGGAGCACGGCGCCCAGGCCCAGCUUCGGGGCCCUGUUGAUGGCGGAGGUCGAUCAGUUCUUGCUAACAGCCCUGACACCUGACGCUCUGGCCGCAGAGGACAUCGAGUCAGACCCUGACGACCUGGUCUUCAACAUUCUCAAUGUCCCCACAUCCCCACCAGGGCACCCGGGCCAGCAGGGCUACGUGGUCAGCACUGACAAUCCUCUGGGCCUUCCAGUCUCCUCCUUCUCCCAGCGGGCGCUGCGGGAACUGAAAGUCGCCUAUCAGUCCCCGACAGAGAACCCUUACGGGGAGCACCUCGUCCAGCUGGAGCUGGAGGUGGUGGACGGAGAUGGCGCCACCUCAGACCCCUUUGCCUUUACGGUGGUAGUGAAGUCCAUGAACACCCUGGCCCCAGUGGCUAGCUAUAACAGGGGACUACUGCUUUUUGAAGGUCUGUCAAGGCCCCUGUCCAGACACAACCUUCAGAUCAGUGACAAAGAAAACCUGAAAGAGGGGAAAAUAGCUGCGGUCAGAGGCUUGAGGCAUGGGCGGCUGGUAGUGCUUGGGGAACCUGCCAGGUACAAAUAUUUCACACCAGUGGACCUGGCAGCAGGACAAGUGAUGUACCAGCAUGAUGGCAGCAACACCUGUGGUGACAACAUCUUCCAGACGGAGGAUAGGCACCAUCAGGUGGAAUUCCUCUCCCCACUCACCACCAUACCUGUCGAUGAUGAACCGCUGAUGAUCAGUGCCAACAGAGGACUCGCACUGACUCAAGGACAGGUGGCCCAGAUCUCCCCCUCUGUCCUGAGUGCUACAGAUAUUGAUUCUGAGGACUCAACCACCCACUUUGUCCUGGAGGACCAUCCUCUGGAAGGAAAAGGAGAGAGAGACUGGGAUCUGGCUCUUGGUUCCUCCUAUUCAAGCCGGCACCUGGAAGACAUGCUGUUGUGACAGGUUGAACCACAUUCAUCCUCUGUAGAUGAAGACUGGAACUAUGUCGAAAAGGAAGGACUUUAUGAGAAGGUGGUGACUGGGUGGCUACAAAGAGACAGUGAGGGGAAACUCUGCUACCGCCAUCUUGGACCACAUAGCCCUCAAUCUGUAAUGACCCAGCUGGCUUUCCAUGUGCAGGAUGACCAUGACCCACCCAAUCUAUCCAACCAGCACUUCUUCACCAUAAAGGUCCAGCCAGUGGAUAUGCUGAGUCCAGAGCUGUAUCCAUGAGCUACCUUAGAAAUGACUGUGCAAGAAUACCAACUCACUCACUUCCAGAAGAAAUUCCUCCAAUAUGUUGAGCAGGACUCAGAUGACCAGAACCUGUGGUACACCCUACGGACACCCCCAACUGACACAGAUGGCAACCACCCAGUCCAGGCUGGAGAAAUUGUGUUCACUGAUUUACCAGACACACCCAUCAUACACUUCACCCAGGCGCAGGUAAAUCACCACAAAGGUGCUUACCAGCCUCCACAGCCUCCUUGGGUUGUGCAGUUCACCUACCAGGUGAAGGAUGCUGCAAGCAAUAGUGUGCCAGGCACAUUCACAUUAUUCCUGCAGCCUGUGGGCAACCAACCUCCCAAAGUUACCAACAGAGUUACUAUCUUAGAGGGAGACAGCUUUAUCCUCAGCAGUAAUGAGCUAGAUAUUGCAGACCCUGACACAGACAUUGACCAAAUUGUUUUCAUAUUAGUCUGGGGGCCCCAACAUGGAAACUUGCAGUACUUUAAAAAAUGUAUGGUACCAGGGGAAUUUUUCAUGCAAGCUGAUAUUAUUAAUGGGAGUGUCUCUUACCAGCAUGACAGAGACCAGACUACCAGUGACACCUUCCAUCUGGAGGUAAGUGAUGGAGUGCACCAUGUACCCAUCACUGUCCAAACUUCUGUACAUCCUACUACGGCUGACAAAAGUCACAGGAUCUCUAUCACAGAUAGCUCAUUAUUGAAUGUUUCCACAGAUGUACUAGAGAAUAGAGCCACUGAGAUCACCAUGGGUGUCAUCCAUGGCAAAAAGAAGGACACAAGUGACUUGAUGUUGUCUUUCAUUGUGGAGGACAGCCCCAAGCUGGGCACUAUUCUGGUGAAUGGCUUGCCUACAGAAAAAUUCACCCAAGAGGACCUUAUCAGGAGGGAAGUAGUCUAUGUCCACGCUGGAAGUGAAGUUGGUUUCCAAAAGCAGCAUGAUGUCUUCAGCCUCACCCUCUCCGAGGAUUCUUCUCAGUGAGUAGUAGGGAACAGCACAGUGGAGAGGGUGCAGGUGCAAGUGACUGUGCUGCCUGUGGACAACAUGGGCCCCAAAGUCUUGGUGGGGGAAUCCUUCAUUGUCCAUGAAGGUGGGAAGAGCACCUUGAUCUUACAACAUCUCAACACUGAAGAUGUGGACACUCCCCAAGAUGAAAUCGUAUGCACAGUAACUGAUGAGCCUGCCUCUGGUUACCUGGAAAACAUUGCACCAGCUCCUGGUUCAGAAGUGUCAUGGGCUGAACCCAUCAGUGCUUUCUCCAUCAGAGAUGUCGGAGUGAGGCAUAUCAGCUAUGCACAGAGUAUCCACAAGGGGAUAGAGCCACAAGAAGAUCAAUUCACCUUUUAUUGCUCUGAUAGCAUCAAUUUCUCCCCAAAUGUUUCCUUCCCUAUAAUCAUCUUACCCACCAAUGAUGAGAAGCCUGAACUUUUUGGCCAAGAGUUUGUGGUAUUAGAGGGAAUGAGCUUGGUCAUAGACAUGCCACUGCUGAAUGGAGCAGAUGCUGACCUGCCACCAAAUGAGCUCCACUUUGAACUCACAGCACUCCCUAGGCAUGGAUGAAUCACACAGCAGCUGGCCACAGGCAGCCAGCCCAUCCACAGUUUCACCUUGCAGGAGAUCCAGGGGGCCUCCACCAUCGUGUAUGAGCAUGAUGACUCAGAGACCACAGAGGACAGUUUUGAGGUCUGGCUGAGUGACAGAAAACACACCACCCACAGGAAGGUGCCCAUUGUGGUGAUCCUGGUGGACGAUGAAACCCCUCAGCUGACCAUCAACAAUGGGCUGGAAUUAGAGACCAGACACUCUGAGGUCAUCACAAAUCAGGUCCUCAAAGCCACAGAUCUUAACUCAGAUGAUAGGAGCCUCAGUUUUGUCCUCCAUUCUGAACCUCAACAAGGGCUUCUACAGCGACUGGAAAAACCCAAAGGGCAAGUGAGGAACAACCUCACUCUGGGAAUGGACUUUACUCGGGAUGAGAUUGACAGAGGCCUCAUCUGUUAUACCCACACAGGACAAGAAGGGAUUGUUACCUUUAUCAAGUUUGAUGUGACAGAUGGGGUUAACCCAUUGAUAAACCGUUACUUGUAUGUCACCAUUGGCAGCUUAGACAAGGUCUUCCCUGAGGUAGUCAGCAAAGGGGUCACAUUGAUGGAGAGUGGCAAAGUGACCCUCACCACCAAUCUACUUAGCACUAGAAUCAACAGCCCUGGUGAAAAACUUUACUUUAGCAUCACACAAGCUCCUAGUCUGGGCCACUUGGAAAGCUCUGAACACCCCGGUGAGCCCAUUACCUCUUUCACUCAGCUUCAACUGGCAGGCAACAAAAUAUCCUAUGUUCAUACUUCAAAAGAUGAGAGAAAGAUGGACAGCUUUGAGUUUCGAGUGACUGAUGGACACAGCCCUAUGUUCAGAACCUUCAGGUUAUUCAUCACAGACGUGGAUAAUGAGAGGCCUGUUCUGACCGUCCAUAAACUAACAGUGCAGGAAGGGGAUAGCAAACCGAUCACUCCCUUUGAGUUGACAGCAGAAGACAAGGAUCUUAUUCUCUUUACCAUCACCCAGGUCCCCAUCCACAGCAGGAUUUUGUAUAAUGGUAGCAUUCCUGUGACAACUUUCACCAAGCAGGACCUGGACAAGAAUCUCAUUAUCUACUGGCAUGAUGGCAGUGACACUACUGAAGACAGUUUCUCCUUGACUGUGACAGAUGGCACUUACACUGAUUUCUAUGUCUUCCCAGACACUGCCCUAGAAACACACAAUCCUCAGGAAGUGAGGAUCCAGAUGAGUUCCCUAAACAGGCUCCCCCAGAUUGCCAUUAACAGGGGUAUCCCAGUCUUGAAGUGCCUUCACAAUAGACACACAGGCUUCCUGAUUACCAGCAAGUCUCUGAAGGCAGGAGAUCAGGACAGUCCCCACACAUUCCUGAAGUAUAGAGUGACCAGAGGGCCAGAGCACGGCUUCAUUAUUAACACUGACCUUGGAAAUGAGCACAUCCAAGUGUUUACACAAGCUGACAUUGAUGAGAUGAGGAUCUACUAUACCUUGCACCAGGGCAGUGAUGCAACAGAGGACAUCUGCUACUUCUCUGUUGAAGACAAUG